CAACCUAUACCAGUUUGAAAUUUAGAACAAUGGUUAUCAUACUAAUUUAUCUUUAUGCGCCACAAUCUGGUUUCAAUAACAUCCCUUGUAUAUCAUAAAAGUAAUAACAAUUAUUGUGAACAAACAACUUUUUAAUCAGAGGACAGUUCACAAUACCUAUUUAAAAUGGCAACUUCUGUAGAUUCAGUUCAUAACAGUUCAGAUUUAGUGAAGGACUAUUCAUGUGGAGCUUGCGAGAAUAAAGAUAUCGAAGCACGUGCUGAAAUUUUUUGUGAAACAUGUUUGAAAUCUUUUUGCGAAAAAAUGCCUUUAUCAUCAUGAUCAAAUAAAUGUGCAUCAUUUAACAUAUGGAAGAAGAGAAAUAAAUAAAUGGCCUCUGGCAAAGAAAAUGGAGGAUUUGCUACUGAAAUGUGACAUUCACAACAAUGAGAAGGUGAAAAUGUUCUGCCAGAACCAUAAUCAGCUGUGCUGCUCUGAAUGUGUUUUACUGAAUCAUCGACAAUGCACCAAUUUGGUUCUUUCUUCUGAAUCAGUCCAAAAGCUGUCAGUGGAUAUGCAGCAAUUGUCAAAUAAAAUUCAAACAAUUCUUGACAAACUUAAUAAGUUUAAGAGAAUACAGGAGGCCAGCAUUCAGUCCGUGGAGGGAUCAUACGGUGAAAAACUAGAAGAAAUAAGAGAGCUGCGUACACAAUUAAAUGCUGCUUUGGAUGAACAAGAAAAUACAACUAUGAAAGAAAUGGAUGAAAUUAGGCUAACAUUGCAAGCCUCUCUUCAGAAGGAUAUUGACAAUUGCAGCAGGCUGAAGGAUGAACUGCAACAGCUCGGUGAAGCUGUGCAGGGCCUUCAUAAUGCGAGAAAGAAAGAGACUGAAUUCAUAGCCAGCAGAAAAUUUCUGGACAAAAUACAAGAGUGUGAGUCAUUUCUGAAGGAAAACACAUGUAUGGCUGGGAGAUCAAUCAUAUUUCAGGCAAACACUGACAUUGUGCAGUACCUGUCUAAACAGUCUAGUCUAGGAAGGGUUGUAGACAGUAUGCAGUCUUUCAUCCCAGACCAGGAAAUGACUGUGACGAAAAAGUGCCAGUAUAAUGUGAACAUAUCAAAAGACACAAGUCAGAGUUGUCUCAUCAGAGGCAUUUGUAGCUUGCCUAGUGGUGCGGUUGUUAUUGCCGAUUAUAAUAAGAGAGUGAAGCUAUUGGACAAGCAUUGCAAUGUGUCCAGUCAUUGUGAUGUGUCUGGUUCUCCAUUGGACAUUUGCCAAAUCACAUCCAGUGAGGUGGCUGUGACUCUUGGUCAUGGAGGUGUGCAGUUUGUGUCUGUAACCAAUGGGCAGCUGGUGAAUGGGAACAAGUUACAAUUGCCACAUGUUGCUGUUGGCAUUGCUCACCAUCGGGGAAAAUUGUACAUCACCUCUGGCACUGCUUUAUUCCAUUAUACCUUGACUGGGACACUUGUGAAAAAGCUUUAUGAGAAUACAGAAGCUGGCACUACAGUGUACAAAUGUGCAGUGAGUCCAGCUGGUGACAAGAUCUAUGUCACCAACUACAAUCAGCACAAGGUCCUCACACUGGCCACAGAUGGCAGCCUGAUAUCCACAUUCACUGACCCUGAACUACAAGGCCCAUGGGGUGUUCAUGUAACACCUUCUGGACAAGUCCUUGUCUGUGGGUACGCCUCCCAUACUGUUGUACGAGUGAAUCGCGAGGGGAGAAAGAAAUUGUCAACUCUGGCCACACAGAAAGAUGGACUGAACAACCCGAUGUCUGUCUGCUAUAACAUCAUCACUAACCUGAUCAUUGUGGAUGUUGAUGAUAACAUCAUUGUUAUGAAUUUCCAAUGGAAAAAAACAUCAAUAUAAAAUCAAUUAUAAAUUUAAUUUCCAUGAUUCUUUGAAUGACACAUUUAAUCACAGCAAUUUAAAUCUAGGUCAGGAAAAAACAUUUUCAUCAAUUUGUUAUUACUGAUUAAAUACUUACUAUUUUUUUCAUAAAGAGUUGAUUUAAUGCUUUAAAGAUUAUUAAAGAUUAAAAACCAGCAUGUUUAUAUAUCAAUAUUGUCAAGUGAUCUAGUAUAAAGAAUGUAUUUAAAUGUG